CGUAAGGAGUUUCGGUUUGCAUUAAGUCCUGCCAAAUCACAAACUUCUUCUUCACUUGUCCGCUCCUGGACUUCAAGCUACGAUGAGCGGUUUUCGGUUUCUGAAUCUUGUCCGACCAUUCCUUCCACUCCUGCCAGAGGUUUCUUCACCUGAUCGCAAAGUUCCUUUCAACCAAAAACUGUUAUGGACCGCUGUUACACUCCUCAUUUUCUUGGUCUGCUCUCAAGUACCAUUAUAUGGCAUCAUGUCUUCAGAUUCGUCUGAUCCUCUUUACUGGAUGCGUGUCAUCCUCGCUUCCAACCGUGGAACCCUCAUGGAGCUCGGUAUAAGUCCUAUUGUUACGUCCGGAAUGAUCAUGCAACUAUUGGCUGGCGCAAAUUUGAUCGAAGUCGACUUCAGCUUGAAGGAAGACCGGGCACUGUUCAGCGGUGCACAAAAAUUGUUUGCUUUGAUCAUUUCACUUGGCCACGCUACCGUAUACGUCUUGACAGGUCUUUACGGGCAACCAAGUGAUCUCGGUGCUGGUGUUUGUCUUCUGCUCAUCAUUCAGCUUGUCGCUGCCGCCCUCAUCGUUAUUCUCCUCGAUGAGCUUCUCCAGAAGGGCUACGGUCUUGGGUCCGGUAUCUCCCUUUUCAUCGCGACCAACAUCUGCGAAUCCAUCAUCUGGAAGGCCUUCUCACCUACAACUGUUAACACCGGUCGUGGCCCUGAGUUUGAAGGUGCCAUCGUCGCGCUCUUCCACCUACUCUUCACGUGGAAUGACAAGGGACGUGCUCUCCGUGAGGCGUUCUGGCGUGACAGACUCCCGAACAUUAUGAACCUCCUUGCGACUGUCAUCGUGUUUGCCGCUGUCAUCUAUAUGCAAGGCUUCCGCAUCGAGAUCCCCGUGAAGAGCAACAGAUUCCGCGGUCAGCGCGGCAGCUACCCCGUCAAGCUGUUCUAUACUAGCAACAUGCCCAUCAUGCUCCAGAGCGCACUUGUAUCAAACGUGUUCAUUGUGUCACAAAUGCUCGCAACGCGCUUCCCCUCUAACAUUUUGGUCAAGAUUCUUGGCAUCUGGGAGCCUCUGGAGGACUCUCCCCAGCUUCGCGCCGUAGGUGGUCUCGCAUACUAUAUGUCACCCCCACACACCAUCAAAGAAGCCUUCCUGGACCCCAUCCACACAUCCCUCUACAUCACAUUCGUAGUUUCUGCUUGCGCACUCUUCUCAAAAACCUGGAUCGAAGUGUCUGGUAGUGGCCCACGCGAGAUCGCUAAACAGCUCAAGGACCAACAAAUGGUCAUGGCUGGUCAUCGUGAGGGUUCAAUGUACAAGGAACUGAAGCGCGUUAUUCCUACCGCUGCUGCAUUCGGAGGCGCUAUCCUGGGCUUGCUUUCUGUUGCUGCUGAUCUCAUGGGUGCUAUCGGAAGUGGAACAGGCAUUCUGAUGGCUGUUACAAUCAUCUACAGUUACUGGGAGAUUGGUAUCAAGGAGAGUGGGGGAUCCGAAAUGGCAGCGCUGAGCGACCUCAUGUAGAUACUGGAAGUGUAGCCGUUGUUGAGUCUACUUGAAUACAUGGACCUGAUUCAGAACCU